AUGGCCGCCGAAAGAUCGAACGUUUCCAGCGACCUCGUCUGGCAAAUCACCCGCAACCAGAACUCGUUUCUGGUCAAGCGCAACACCGGUGGUGGUUCCCAGUUCUCCCGUGACACUCUGAACUUGCAGAACAAGCACUCUUUCAAGUAUGCCGGAUACGCCAACACCAAGGCCAUUGGCGUGCAGCCCACUGAGAACGGUGGUGUUGUCGUUAUCACCAAGAAGCCUGGCAACCCUCAGCAGCCUGCUAAGAACACCGUCCGUGUGAACUAUGGCCCCAAUGCCUCCAGCCGCAAGAUCUACAAGGGUGUCGCCGACUUGACCGCCAAGAACGGUUACCGUGCUGACCUUCGUGAGGAUGCUGUCGCCCGUGUUAGCGCCAUCCGCCGCACCCAGAAGGCCAAGAAGGAGACUCCUGCUCGGAAGCCCAGAGGAGCUCAGGCCAAGAAGGCCGCUGAGAAGGAGUCGGAAUAA